AUGUCAGGGCGUAACGAGCUUAAGCUCGGUCUCACACUUUGGCCCCUUAUGGGCCACCUCGAGCCACGACCCUACCGUUUUGCUGAUGGCAUUGACGGGACUUUCCAGAGGCUCGAUGAUUCCCUCCGGUUUGCUCACUGGAUCAGAGAUUGGAGUGAAAGCCACCUCAGACAAGGCUCAGCAGUGGCUGGUCUUAUCGAUGUAAGGUCACAGACUCUGGAGACAGACCUCGAUGCCCUACGAUAUGAACUGCACGAGAUGGGCUCCAGCAUCGUCAAUGGCGUUCCCACCUAUAUUGGAGAACUCUUGGAAAGAAUAAAAAGAUGUGUCGCCGAACUUACAGAACUCGUCGACUUCUACGGCCAAAACAGAGAACAGGGGCGCUCUGAUGCCCUUGACGCUCUGUUUGCCUCCCAGUUCAUUCUGGACAUUGAUGAGAGAACCGGCUACCCUCGAUCCCUGCCGAAUCAGCAAGGACUAGUGCAGAUGGCCAUCAGUAUUGCCGAGACUCUAGGGAAAACAUCACUAAACGGAGCAUCUCUGGUUCCCCAAAUGGAGGCGGUGCAGUCGUUCGAGGAGCAUCGGAUGCUCGAGCCGCGAUACGUACAUACUUACAACAAGACCGAGGACGUGCCUUACGAGCAGAAGGCAUUCGAACCCAUCGCCAAGGGGAGCUUCGGGGCAGUCGUUAGGGUAGAGCACAAGAAAACCUCUGAGGAACUUGCGAUGAAAACCUUCUUCUGUAAUGAUCGGAGCAAGAUUCUACAGGAGAUCGGGGUUCUGGAAGUUUGCAACCACCCCAACAUCGUCAAACUGGUCGAAGCAUUCACUGUAGCCAACGACGAGAGAUACGAAGAGGACAACGGCAUCAUUCAUCUCAUACUGAGACCCUGGGCCCCCUAUACCCUCGAAGACUUUUUGAAGUCAACAGACGGAAAACGCAAAGAUCGAUGCAGAUGGUUCAGCCCAGGCUCACCACAGUCAGACCUCUGCAUCUAUCGUAUCAUGAAGAAGUUGGCACAAGCCGUGGCUUAUAUGCAUGGACGGUCAAUCAAGCACAAGGACAUCAAGCCCGACAACAUCUUGCUCCACGAACCCAAUUCCCCAAACAUCCGUCCUCUUUUGACUGAUGUUGGCGUGAGCAAGGUAUUCAUCCGUGGGGGGUCAACCAAUUUCGACGACUGCUCAUAUAUCUUCCUCGCCCCAGAGCAAGUCGCGAGAUUGGAGAGCAAUCUCCGUGCUGAUAUAUGGCAACUCGGAUGCUGCUUUGCACUGAUGCUAGGUGUGGCGAAGAGAGGGAGAGCUGGACGAGAUGAACUCUGGGAUAGCUUUUGUCGGACAAAGGAUAGGCGGUCGUGUCAGAUUGCCUCAGAGCAUGAGCACUUCAUGAAGAGUCUCAAGGUCUUGUGUGACGAGAGCCUGUCUAGACGCGAGGCCUUGAGCAGCCAGUUGGCGUAUGAGCUUGUAUCAGGAAUGUUGGACAAGAACCAUGAAACAAGGCUGGAGAUUCAUCAAGUCUUGUCACGCCUUGACCAACUUGUUGCUCAGAUGAGCACAGUUUCAGUGGGCGAUGUUGAAAUGAGCUAUUUGUGA